AUGUUCCUCUCUCCUGUUGUGCCUCGAGUCAGAAAAAGGUCGAGAGCAGCAGAAGUGUGCGUCCCCAGGCGUGAGGAGGUGAAGUUUGAGGAUGUCAGACUGUACCUGGUGGAGAGGAAAAUGGGCCGCAGCAGGAGAAGCUUUCUGACCCAGCUGGCCCGGUCUAAAGGCUUUAUUGUGGAAGACGUCCUCAGCGACGUGGUCACUCACGUGGUGUCAGAGGAUGUUCACACUUCGUCCCUGUGGAUGUGGCUGAAGAAGUGUGACCUGAAAAAUCUCUCUGACAUGAACGUGUUGGAUAUCAGCUGGUUCACUGACAGCAUGAGAGAGGGCAGACCUGCAGCUGUGGAGAAUAGGCACCUCAUCCAGGACACAUCUCCAGAAGCUUCCACAACAACCGCAGCAGCCUCUGUUUCCCAGUACGCCUGCCAGAGACGGACAACCAUGGAAAACAACAACAAGUCUUUCACAGAUGCUUUUGAAGUGCUGGCAGAGAGCUAUGAACUGAAUGAGAUUGAGGGUCCAUGUCUGGCCUUCAGGAGAGCGGCAUCCGUCCUGAAGAGUCUGCCGUGGGCGGUGCGGAGCCUGGGGGAUGCUCGGGACCUGCCCUGCUUGGGGGAACACAGCAAGGCAGUGAUUGAGGAGAUCCUUCAAUAUGGCCGCUCGUUUGAAGUGGAAAGGAUCCUAUCUGAUGAAAGAUAUCAAACACUUAAGCUGUUCACAAGUGUGUUUGGGGUUGGACCUAAGACGGCUGACAAGUGGUACCGCAGAGGGCUGCGCUCAUUCAGUGAAGCUCUGGCAGACAGCAGCAUCCAGCUCAACCGGAUGCAACAAAGUGGUUUCCUACAUUAUGGAGACAUCUCUAGGGCUGUCAGCAAAGCAGAGGCCGGAGCCCUGAGGAACAUUAUUGACGAAGUCAUCCAUGCCAUCACACCGGAUGCUGUGCUGGCGCUGACAGGUGGCUUUAGCAGGGGGAAGGAGUUUGGCCAUGAUGUGGACUUUAUCGUGACCACACCCGAACCGGGGCAGGAGAAGACUCUGAUACCCAGAAUAUUAAAGAGACUGACAAAACAAGGCAUUCUGCUGUUCUCUGACUACCAGGCCUCCACCUUUGAUCAGUCCAAGCUCCCCUGCCACAGGUUUGAGGCCAUGGACCACUUCGCGAAGUGCUUCCUGAUCCUGCGGCUGGAGGGCAGCCAAGUGGAGGGGGGUCUGAACAUGGCAGAGGGGGACAGCAGGGGCUGGAGGGCAGUGCGCGUGGACUUGGUGUCGCCACCCAUGGAUCGUUACGCCUUUGCUCAGCUGGGCUGGACCGGCUCCAGGCAGUUUGAGAGAGACCUGAGGAGGUUUGCUCGAACCGAGCGGAACAUGCUUUUGGACAACCACGCACUGUUUGAUAAAACUAAGAAAGAGUUCCUGGCAGCUACGACUGAAAAGGAAAUCUUUGCCCAUCUGGGUCUCGAGUACAUCGAGCCUUGGCAGAGAAACGCGUAG